CCAGAGCUGCGCCAGUAUUCAGUAAACUCUCGUCGUGGUUUGGCGUGGUGCUCGCACUCAGUACGGUCGACCAAAAAUUUUCAACUGUUCCCCGUAGCUCUGUGAAAGGUGUGCGGGUGUCAAGUGGAAUUCAACAUUCUAUCCUAGUGCAUUCGAUGUAGUUGGAAGCUUAGCGCUGGAAAUAAACACGUUGGAAUUGGAUCCGUAGGAAACUUGAGUGGUCAGACGGAAGACGGUGCGGUUUCUUGACCCUAGAAGUGGUUAAUCUUCUCCGCAGUACGAACACAGAGCCAUCCUCUUCUUGAGUAAGAAUGAGCAGACGCUACUCGCGUGUGGAGUCCAGUUCAGACCUUCUGGCGUAUUUGGAUCGCGGGCAUUCUGCCAACACCGAAAACCGGUGGACGUUUGAGGUUGCAUGGGAAGUCGCCAAUAAAGUUGGUGGAAUUUACACCGUCAUCCGAUCGAAGGCAUUCGUGUCGACAGAGGAACUCGGAGAUCAGUACUGUCUCAUUGGUCCGUACAAUGAAGCAUCCGCUCGAACCGAAGUUGAGGCUUGCGAGUUCCCGAACAAUGGACCACUUUACGGAGCCGUCAACGCAAUGCGGAACCAAGGAUUCAAGGUGCAUUGCGGUCGCUGGCUGGUGGAUGGAAAUCCGCAGGUCAUUCUGUUCGAUAUCGGCUCCGCCGCAUGGAAGCUGGACUCCUACAAGCAUGACCUGUGGGAAUCGUCCAACAUCGGAAUACCUCACCUGGAUAUCGAGACCAACGAUGCUAUCAUUCUAGGUUACACAAUCGCAUCUUUCAUUGAAGAGUUCAAACGCUGUGCUGAUAACUAUUCACACGACAAUGAAUACGGACCGCCGCGUAUCGUGGCACACUUUCACGAAUGGCAAGCCGGUGUAGGACUGAUAGCCUUGCGUACACAUCAUGUUGAGGUCGCAACCAUGUUCACCACCCAUGCUACGCUACUGGGCCGAUACUUGUGCGCUGGCAACACUGACUUUUACAAUAAUCUCGCCAACUUCCCGGUUGACGAGGAAGCCGGCAAACGGCAAAUCUAUCACCGCUAUUGCCUCGAGCGAGCUGCAACUCACUUGAGUCACGUGUUCACUACGGUUUCGGAGAUUACCGGUUACGAGGCAGAACAUCUACUGAAGCGUAAACCGGACAUCAUCACACCAAAUGGUUUGAACGUGAAAAAGUUUUCCGCUAUUCAUGAGUUCCAAAAUCUCCAUGCGCUGGCUAAAGAGAAGAUAAACGAGUUCACUCGUGGACAUUUCUACGGCCACUUUAACUUCGAUCUGGAGAAAACACUUUACAUGUUCAUAGCCGGAAGGUACGAGUUUACUAACAAAGGUGCUGACAUUUUCAUUGAAGCAUUAGCUCGGCUCAAUCAUUUACUGAAGUCAAGUAGACCGGAUGUAACCGUAGUGGCAUUUUUGAUUUUCCCUGCCAAGACCAACAAUUUCAACGUAGAAUCGUUGCGUGGUCAUGCUGUGUGCAAACAACUUCGCGAUACAAUUAACAAUCUGCAGCAGCAAAUCGGCAAACGAAUGUUCGAAACCUGCAUGAAAGGACAUCUCCCCGAUGGAAAUGAAAUUCUAACCAAGGAGGAUAUCGUGAAAAUCAAACGUUGUUUGUAUGCCUUGCAGCGUGACAGUAACCCACCAGUGACCACUCAUAACGUGGUGGAUGACUGGAACGAUCCGGUGCUGGAAUCGGUUCGCAGAUGUCAUCUUUUCAACACGGAAUAUGAUCGUGUGAAAAUCGUAUUUCAUCCGGAGUUUUUGAAUCAAACUAACCCAUUGUUUGGUUUGGAUUAUGAGGAAUUUGUUCGUGGUUGCCAUUUGGGUGUUUUCCCGUCUUACUACGAGCCGUGGGGUUACACACCGGCCGAAUGCACUGUCAUGGGUAUCCCAAGUAUCACUACCAACUUGUCAGGCUUCGGUUGCUUCAUGCAAGAACAUAUCGCUGAUCCGAAAUCAUAUGGAAUUUACAUCGUCGAUCGUCGCCACGUAAGUCUGGAGGAAAGUGUUCAGCAGUUGUCGAAAUUCAUGUACGAGUUCUGCAAGCUCAAUCGACGUCAGAGAAUUAUUCAGCGGAAUCGUACAGAACGUCUGAGCGAUCUGCUGGACUGGAAAAACUUAGGAAUUUACUAUCGUCAAGCCAGAAUACGGGCGCUUAAAACCAUGUACCCAGACUAUGUCGAUGAGUCAGACACCUACCUCAAACGUGCUGGAGACUUCAAAUAUCCACGUCCAGUUAGUGCUCCACCGAGUCCAAGCUCGUCAAGACACACAACACCAGCUCCAUCUUUACACGGAUCUGAUGACGAACAGGAUUCUGUGAAUUCCGAAGAGGAGUUGGAGGAACUUAAGAAGGCUAAUUUGCAUGACUAGACGUUAACUGUCACGGAAAUGUUUCAACUAGCGAUAAAAUUGACAACAGUAGCAUUGAACUAGAUGACCCCCAGCUUUACGGCAGUAGCGCUCCAGUUGAGUGGCAGCUAUACCAACUAUUGCAAUAUCCAGCUAAUAGGCCGUUACUAUCUUAUAGUGGAGCCCCAGAAUGAUAAUAACAUCUGAGCUGCUAAUAAAACCUUUGUUUAGCUUGCAUCUGUUAGAACAAAGUUUUAUAGUCACAAACCAUUCAGCUACGCGUGCGAAGGUCAGCUGCAUCACAGCUCAUCGUUUUACUAGAACCGACGAUCCUAUGAUCAAUCGUGACCAUUUCUUGCAGCUACUGUUCUACUUUUGUGUUCGGUCAUAAGAGUAAUGUUAGAUCGAGAUUACAGAGUUUAUCAUAUAUUAUUUAGUCGAUAUUAUAAAUUAGCUAAAAUAAAUGUUUUUAUCUUUAGUAGCUA